AUGUGGGGGGUGUGAGUGUGUGUGAGAGGAAGCGCGAGUGCGUGCGUGUGUGAGUGUGUGUCUGUGUGUGUGAGUGUGUGUGUGUGAGUGAAUUCCAGAUUUUCUGUCUUUCCCAAACCCGCUCCUGUCCUUUCGCAUAUCACUCACAGACGGGGAUCUGACAGCAGCCACAAACCUACAGUGAGUGAUCUCUCUCUCCCCCCAGCGCGAAUCCGCCAUAGAGAUCGGCCGGGAGGAGGAGGAAGAGGAGGAGGAGGAGGGAAAGAGGAGAAGGAGGAAGAAGAAAAAGAAGAAGAAACCACCACCUUCCCAGGAUUGCCUUUUUUUUUUCCUUAUCUUUACGCGCGCGCGUGUGCGUGUGGCGCGUGUGCGCCCCUCGUCCCUUCCAUCCGAACCCGGUCUUGGAUGUUUAAUAAAGAAAUCAAGUGUCUCAACAGUCACCAAAAAAAAAAAAAAAACCAAACAAACAAAAAAAUUCCAAAAAGCAAAAACAAAAAGAGAGAAAGAGGAAAAAAAUCCAAAACAAACAAACAAACAAACAAGGCACAGCCAAGCUCUACUUCAAACCAGCCGGCACAAGCCACUCGUGUCUGCCAUCCGGAGAGGGGGGUCUCUGGCCCGUGGUGGAGGAGUUGCAGGGGGGAUCGUCAGGGGGACAGAGGCCGAGAGACGCCCUAGGAGCCACCGGGCAGGAGGCGGAGGAGACCCAGAGAGGCGAGCGAGACCGCGGGCCCCCGCGCGCGGCUCGGGGCUGGGGCGCCAGAAGUGGGACUGGAGCGAAGUAGAGCGAUGCCAAGGAGGAAACAGCAGGCACCCAAGCGGGCGGCAGGCUACGCCCAGGAGGAACAGCUGCAGGAAGAGGAGGAGAUAAAAGAAGAAGAGGAGGAGGAGGAAGACAGUGGUUCAGUAGUUCAACUUCAGAGCAGCAAUGACCCAGGGACAGACGAGGAGCUAGAAACGGGUCCGGAGCAGAAAGGCUGCUUCAGCUACCAGAACUCUCCAGGAAGUCACCUGUCCAAUCAGGACGCUGAGAACGAGUCUCUGCUGAGCGACGCCAGUGAUCCCGUGUCAGACAUCAAGAGCGUGUGUGGUCGAGAUGCCUCUGACAAGAAAACCAGCACUCCCACCACGCUUCCAAAGGAAGCCCACAAUUGCAUGGAUAAAAUGACGGCCGUCUAUGCCAACAUCUUGUCCGAUUCCUACUGGUCGGGCCUGGGGCUGGGCUUCAAGCUGUCCAACAGUGAGAGACGGAAUUGUGACGCCAGAAAUGGCAGCAACAGGACUGAUUUCGAUUGGCACCAAGAUGCUCUGUCCAAAAGCCUGCAGCAGAACCUGCCUUCUAGAUCCGUGUCGAAGCCCAGCCUGUUCAGCUCGGUCCAGUUGUACCGGCAGAGCAGUAAGAUGUGCGGGACCGUCUUCACCGGGGCCAGUCGAUUCCGGUGCCGGCAAUGCAGUGCCGCCUACGACACCUUGGUGGAGUUGACUGUGCAUAUGAAUGAAACGGGCCACUAUCAAGAUGACAACCGCAAAAAGGACAAGCUUAGACCCACCAGCUAUUCAAAGCCCCGCAAAAGGGCCUUCCAAGAUAUGGAUAAGGAGGACGCUCAGAAGGUCCUGAAGUGUAUGUUUUGUGGCGACUCCUUCGAUUCCCUCCAAGAUUUGAGCGUCCACAUGAUAAAAACGAAACAUUACCAAAAAGUGCCUUUGAAGGAGCCAGUCCCAACCAUUUCAUCGAAAAUGGUCACUCCGGCGAAGAAACGCGUCUUUGAUGUCAAUCGGCCGUGUUCCCCUGACUCAACCACGGGAUCGUUUGCAGAUUCGUUUUCUUCUCAGAAGAGCGCCAACUUGCACUUGACCUCCAACAACCGUUAUGGCUACCAAAACGGCGCCAGCUACACCUGGCAGUUUGAGGCUUGCAAGUCCCAGAUCUUAAAGUGCAUGGAGUGCGGCAGCUCCCACGACACCUUGCAGCAGCUCACCACCCACAUGAUGGUCACGGGGCACUUCCUCAAGGUCACCAGCUCUGCCUCCAAGAAAGGGAAGCAGCUGGUGUUAGACCCCCUGGCCGUGGAGAAAAUGCAGUCGCUGUCGGACACCCCGAACAGUGAUUCUAUGGCUUCCAAGCCAUCAAGUAACUCAGCUUCCGACUGUACAGCCUGUACAACUGAGGUAAAGAAAGAGAGUAAAAAAGAAAAACCAGAGGAGAUCACCAAGGAUGAGAAAGUCGUGAAAACUGAGGACUUUGAGGACCCUCUCCAAAAACCGUUGGACCCUACAAUAAAAUACCAGUAUCUGAGGGAGGAGGAUUUGGAAGAUGGCUCAAAGGGUGGAGGGGACAUUUUGAAGUCAUUGGAAAAUACUGUCACCACAGCCAUCAACAAGGCCCAGAACGGGGCUCCCAGCUGGAGCGCGUACCCCAGCAUCCACGCAGCCUACCAGCUGUCAGAGGGCUCCAAGCCUUCCCUGCCUCUGGGCUCCCAGGUACUCCAGAUCCGACCUAACCUGGCCAACAAGCUAAGGCCAAUCGCACCAAAGUGGAAAGUGAUGCCGCUGGCACCUGUGCCCACACAGCUGGCUCCCUACACUCAAGUUAAGAAGGAGCCAGAAGAUAAAGAUGAAGUCGUGAAGGAGUGUGGGACGGAGAGUUCCCACGAAGAGGCAUCAUCGUUCAGCCACGGCGAGGGGGAUUCUUUCUCCAACAGCGAACCCCCUUCUGAAUCCAAAAAGGCUGAGCCUUGUCCCCCGAAGGAGGAGGACAAGCUGAUGAAAGAGGGCGGCGAGAAAGAGAAGCCCCAGCCCUUGGAGCCAGCGUCUUCUCUCAGCAACGGCUGUGCCCUCGCCAGCCACGCCUCAGCCCUGCCGUGCAUCAACCCGCUCAGCGCCCUGCAGUCCGUCUUGAACAAUCACCUGGGCAAAGCCACCGAACCCCUGCGCUCACCUUCCUGCUCCAGUCCGAGCUCAAGCACAAUCUCUAUGUUCCACAAGUCGAAUCUCAGCGUCAUGGACAAGCCGGUGUUAAGUCCUGCCGCCACGAGGCCGGCCAGCGUGUCCAGGCGCUACCUUUUUGAGAACAAUGAUCAGCCCAUCGACCUGACCAAGUCCAAAAGCAAGAAAGCCGAGUCCUCGCAAGCACAGUCCUGUACGUCCCCGCCUCAGAAGCAUGCUCUGUCUGACAUCGCCGACAUGGUCAAAGUCCUCCCCAAAGCCACCACCCCGAAGCCCGCCACUUCCUCCAGGGUCCCUCCCAUGAAGCUGGAAAUGGACGUCAGGCGCUUUGAGGAUGUCUCCAGCGAAGUCUCGACGUUGCACAAAAGGAAAGGCCGGCAGUCCAACUGGAACCCCCAGCACCUCCUGAUUUUGCAGGCUCAGUUUGCCUCGAGCCUCUUCCAGACAUCAGAGGGCAAGUACCUGCUGUCCGACCUGGGCCCGCAAGAGCGAAUGCAGAUCUCAAAAUUUACGGGACUCUCGAUGACGACUAUCAGCCACUGGCUGGCCAACGUCAAAUACCAGCUUAGGAAAACGGGCGGUACAAAAUUUCUGAAAAACAUGGACAAAGGACACCCUGUCUUUUAUUGCAGUGACUGUGCCUCCCAGUUCCGAACCCCUUCCACCUACAUCAGUCACUUAGAAUCGCACCUAGGUUUCCAAAUGAAGGACAUGACCCGCUUGGCCGUGGAACAGCAAAGCAAGGUGGAACAAGAGAUCUCCCGGGUGUCGUCGGCUCAGAGGUCUCCGGAAACCAUAGCUGGCGAAGAGGACACAGACUCUAAAUUCAAGUGACAAAUGCCUUAGUUUCAACUUUCCAGCCUGGAUGCCCCUCACACUGAGUUUUUCUUCACUGCACCACCCUGCUUCUGACAUUGAACUCCUCCUGACACCCUGCUCUGAGAAGACUGCCAAAAAAAAAAAAAAGAAAAAAAAAAAAAAAAAAGGAAUCACCCCAGCCAUUUCUCUUCAUCCUCGCUAACAAUUUGGUAAUGAAGUAUUGAUUUCCACUUCUCUGCUUAUGGACGAUAGAUUUUCAUUGAUAAACUGCAAUGGGGCUGUCUCGUCUCCACGGUCCCCUUUUCACUGUCACGAGAAAACAAAGUGCCACUGAAGAAAAAUAAUGACUGAGAACAUUGAUGUACUUAUUUUGUCAGUUUGUAACACUUGACAGGAAAGGGUGGGGGGAGUACACGUCUCCAUAGUUUAAUGUCCAAGUGGGCUGCACUAGAUGUGGCCUCUUGGAAGCUUACUCUUCAUGGUAAUGUCCAUUUCCUAUUUAUAACCCCUCUGGGAACGUUUGUCUAAAGGAAAUGUUUCUGUUCAGUGCAACAAUUACGGUUGCACCUGGAUUGCCCAGUCCUGCCCCUGCACGAGGGAGCCGUUAAUCACCGCAAAGUGGAAGAAUUAUUAAGUUAAACCAGAGUUUGAGCCAAGAAAACCUCUGAACAAUGUUCAUCUUCUGUGAACGUUGUUCAGAUAGUUAGGCUUAACCAUGUUGCUGCCAAAGACUUUUUCCCAUGCAGUGGUGGGCAUCUUUAUUAUCAUCAUGAGCCUAAUUGGUUUAAAAGAAAAUCGUUUCAAGCAUGCGCCACUGUCACAGGAGACCUGCAAAUCGGGACAAUUGGGGAAGGAGGUAAGAGGCGGAAUCUCAGUGAAAGCAAGACGAUGAGAUCAUUGCAGGGUGGAAAGUUCAGCAGCAGCCUUUUCUGGUAAUCUCUCUCCGUUGUUUAUAGGCUCUAAAACACAGCUUAGCUUUAGAGGCAACAGAAAGCAUGAAAUAGGGUGUCCAUUUUAAAUGUGUUUCUGCAACUUUUUUCAUUAAAACUUUGAGGGCCCAAUUUUAAUUUGUGGAAUAUUCCCGUUAAUAAUGAGAUCUAAUUAAGACAUCCAUUAAAAGCCCGUUAAAGUUAAUUUAACGUAAAAAUUCCAAUAGAACUGUAUUAGAUUUUCUCCAUUAAAUUAACGUUAUGGAUUUUUAACGGAUGUCUUAAUUAUACAUUAUUAUUAACAGGAAUACUGUAUUACACGGAUUAAAAUCAGGUCCUAAGUCAACUUGGAAAAGCUAAGAGCAUGUUUUAAUAUUAAAAGUCUUGCAUAUCUAGUGCACACUUUGGAAAUGCAGGAGUAGAUCUGUUUACUCUAGUUGAGCAUUUUCUAUACAACUGAAAGCAAACCUAUAAUAGAUAAAUCCAUCAUUGCAUUUAAAUAAUGAAUUUCCUUAUUCUCCAAGAACAAGUAAGUCUGGAUUGUGUUGUAAACUGCUACUCAGCUCUAGGUGAAAUAGAGGAACUAUUCUAGGCACAACACUAGGAACUAGACGACUUUGAAACAAAAGAAACAUUUUUUAUUGUUGUUGCUUUAAUUAGCAAGGUUAUCACACACACACACACACACAAAAAAAUCUCAAUACCAACAAAGUGAAACCAAAUAUAGCCUCUUCACCAUUUCUCAUGGAGGGUGCCUGUUGGAAUUGUUUUGGAAAUUUUGACAUGAUCCCUAAAUUCAACAUUGGGAUUUAAAAAAAAAAAAAAAAAAAAAAACCUUCUUAUUUACCUCCUAGGGAAAGUGUUGCCCUUAUGCCACAUAUAAUAGCAAAUUGCUUUUUUUAUGGCAUGCAUAACCUAGAUGGGAAAAAAUAUGGCGCUUCGGGGAAGGAGGGAAAAAGUAAAUGAAGUUCCAGGAAUGUCAUUCUGAAGUAAUGAGGCAUGGACAGAAAAUAUACCCCUCACAUCAUCGGAUUGAGAUGGCAGUCGAAAUAGCUUCAUUGAAGUGUCAGCACUCAUCCAUCAAUCAAUCACCCACAAGGAAAAAUAGCAACAGUACAACGGGGCGGCUUUUAUGGGAUUUACUCAUGGGCAUAGGGAAUAGCAGCUCAAAUGUAGUUCUGACAUGAAAAGCAAGGUGCUGAUAUUAUUUUUUAUGAUGGGAGGAUCAUAAAGUGAAUUGAGAACAGCGAGGUCUGUCUUUGCUUAACCUAUUCAACCAGAAAUGAAUGGAGCUCAACUGGAAAGGAACAGUCUUCGGAUGGGUUAAGAUUGAAGGGUAGACUCUACCGAGCACUGUCCUUCGACAACAAAAUUCUAUUAAAGGACAAUCAAUGCAUUAGCAUUGGGGUUCUUAAAGCUGUUAAAAAUUGCCUGCUCCAACCCAGGGUUAUUAGAUAAAGUUUCACAAUUCAGAUUCUGCCACAACCGUGCAAAAGCAGAUUCUUGAGCUCUUGCUUGAACUGGGGAGAGGGCCAGGGAACACUACAGUUCUCAACUCCGUGGAAAUAGUUUCCCUUCUAAGAAAGAAAAAAAAUAAAUCAUCUGCUUCAACUUAUAAUCUACAUGGUUUUGUUAGUGCACUUUCUAUGGAGGGCUGGGGUGGGAGGCAAGAAACAAAAACAUUGAUAAAGUUGGUGAGACUCAUGAAUUGUCGCUUGGUAACCAUAAAUGUCACCACUGAGGGACAGCUGCUAAUGUUCUUAGGAAACAAAAUCUGGGCUCCCGCUGCGAAAUACACACAAUUCUGAGUAUAUUCCUAGAGACCAAACCUGUCUUCAUUUGGCAAGUCCUGUGAGGCUUCUAGAAAUUUCUUUCUAGAGGGAAAAACUAAUAUGGACUCAGGAGAAUGUUUUUCCCUGCUUUCAUAUCAUCCUUUUCCUCUCUGUUAAUAAAUGCAGUUCUGGUCAAUUGAAACUUUACAAAUAGAAAGGAAGAUGACAUGCAAAUUACACUUGAGUAUCUCCAUUCAGGCCACCAACCCUUGGUAUCAGUGAGGGUGAGGGAUUGCCCUUCCUUCCCCAUCCCGAAGGUACCCAACAAAUACUAGUGUGUACCUACUGACACUCUUCUAGGUGCCAUGAGAUACAACCACGAAGAAUUCACACGACAUCUUGGUCCUCCGGUUGUUAUAAAGACAGCUGAUACCACACACUCUGGGGAAGAGCUCACAUAAGGUCCAACUCCCCUCAUGUCAUUUGCGUUUUAUUUCUGUUUUUCAAAAUAAUAUUUCAGUGUAGGGAGUUCUCCUUCUGAAAAGCAUACAAGGAGGAAAUAGCUUAAAAAUAGGUCAAGGCCUAAGAGCAGAAUAUAAUCAUGGAAUAAAUUGGAUAGCCCAGACAGUCCCCACUGAAUUUCUUUAAGGUCACAAACAGAUUUCUUAAAACUCACCCCCAAAAUGCGCCUGCUUGGUUGUUUGAGUCUUGUAUAAUUAAUGUCGCAGGCACAAGCCACGGAACUUAGUUGAAAUGCAGAAAACAAACAAAUGAAAUGACAUGUUUGGAAAGCAUUUAUGGGACUCUGGUUAAGCAGUAAGCAGAUGUGUGUGAGUGUGUGUGCGUGUGUGUGUGUAUUCAUACAUAGAUAUGAAUUUCACUGUUAUUUUCCAGGGUCCACGGACAGUGCCACAGUAAGAGUCUAUGAUUUUCUGAAACUGUUCACAGUAAACCCAAAGAUUACAAGGACUUCACAUGUGCUUGCAUUCUGCUGCUCUUCCAUCUGUCACUUCCCAGGUUAUUUGUGUUCGAAACUUUUUCAUUGGGUUUCAUUUUUUAAGCUUGUUAAAUGUUUUUGUUUUAAAAAAAAAAAAAACCACAUUAAAAUGUCAUUUUCACAUUAUCUUCUAUUCUCUGAAACAGGAAUAGAAGUGUGUUAAUGAAUGCUGAAAUAAUAGUAAUAAUAAGGAAAUAUACUGAAGGCUUUACACACACAUAUACAUUGUACUUCUAAAGAGCAAUAAAAGUAGUAUCUAUUUUGAACAUGCAUUAGGCAAAAAAAAAAAUCACAACUGAACUUUCAGUUUAUUUUUUUUUCCCCUGUGAGAUGUCAAAAUGCUAAUUUCAUUUUCUCCGUUCCUAUAUGUGGUACUUUCUCAAAAUAUCCAUGAAAUACUUUUAGGCAAAGAAUGAGCAGGAGACAAAGAUACAAAUUUCCAUCCCCCCAGCCAGAGAGACAUGUUUUUAUUGUACAGAAGCAUGAAACAUUUUGGAACUUGUGAAUCAUCUUUAGAAUUUCUACAGGGGGAUUUUACCUCUUCAUCCAAAGUCAAAGCCACUUAUCUCCUUUGGUUUCCUGUGACAGCUUCAGAGGCAUAUGCAGAUAUACAAUUUCCAGGCUCUAGUUAAUCUUCUUCCAAUAGUUAUGAACAAUGGGCUAACAGGCGUGGGUGUUUCUCCAAAAAUUAUUCAUGCGCAAGGCAACCCAAAGCUUCAGGGAAAACUAGAAAUGUUUUAUGGAUUAGAAAAAGGCUGUUUUAAAAUGCUAGUACCAGGUGGAACGCUAUGUCUGCAACAGGACUGUGCAUUUCCUUUGGAAAAAUACAUUGCAAGUAAAAGGGCUCUUCCAAUUGAUGGCACCAUGAUCUGACACCUUUCAGCACACAAAUGAUUUUACCAAUAGCCAUAUGAUUAUCAUUAAGGCCUUUAAAAAAACAAAACAAUCUGUUUCAGGAAGACAGAUUAAACACUCAUAGCCCUUUGUACGAUGUUUAUCUGCUUAAAACCACUUUUGGAACUACAAAUAAUAACUCUUUUGUGAGAACCCCCAAGAGAAGUUGCAAAAUUUGAACAAAUGCAUUACUUAAAAAAAAAAAAAUCUACCACUCCCUUCAGCCCCUUCAGAAAAUGAAUUUUAGUGUGUUCAACUGAAUUAUCUUGAACCUGAAACCUACAUCUGGAUAUCUGUCCCCAGGCAAAAGGCUUAUAUUUACAGAACUUGAACAAUCGUACAAUUAUAUCUCAAACGUGAAGACUUUGUACAGUAAUUUUUUCACUUUCUAAAUGACCCAUAUAACACCCAGGAAUUGUAAAUGUGUAUGUAUAUUUUUAAAACACACAGAAUUCAACCAGUCUGCAGAGAAGACGUACAAACUCUUCCUGUCCUGCGUUGGGAUAAAUACUACGAAAACAUUCCAGUUUUACAAUACAAUAUUUUGGCUUAUGACACAUCAGAUGCUAGAAUGUGCCGCCAUACAAGUCAAAAAAAGCUUACAUAUAAAACAAUUCUCAUUUGGCUCAGGGUUCCUAAAUGUCAUAAUAUCUCGGGAUACAAUAUUACAUUUUGGUCUCUAAUAUGCUGGGAUCUUUCUAAUCUUUUCCAACUUUGAUUCCUAACAGCCCAGCACUGUCAGCAUGAAUCAUAAACUUCCACAUCCCUUUAAAAUCAAGAAGGGUAGCUGACCGUACAGUCUCUCUAAUGGUCAACCAGUUUUUGCUCUGCAGAGUACUUGUAGCUUUUUAGACAUUUUGGCAUGAACCACGUUUACAUUAUAUAUUUGCCCCCUUGAGUUAAUUCCAGAUUUUUUUUUUCUGUUAAAAAAAGGCAGUGGGGGAGGUAGGGCGGAGUGAGUUGGGAGAAUUACAUUCAUCCUUGCUCUGAUGGAAAGUGUUUAUUUGCCAGCAAAGAAAGGCAAACAUGUUUUUAUAUUAGGAAAGCCGAUUAGUCAUUUUCAAAGAAAAAUGACGACAACUAUACCUGUAGAAUAUUUCUGUGCAAGCGUACUAAUUUUCUAUUGCCUGCAUGCUGUAUAUAGUACAUCUGCCUGUAUACUCGGAGGAAAAACCAGGCUGCUUUCCUUGUGUACAAUGCAGCUUGGAUGGCUGGGAACGUAAGCCUUCCGUACAUUUUUAUACUGUACAUGUUUGUAUAUACUAACUAUAUCACCAUGUAUGAACACAGAUUUUGUUAUAUUUGCUUGUUUCUGUUUCCUACCAAACUGGCCCACAAUGGAGAUUCUUUUGUAUAGAAAAAAAAAUAUGCUUGUAAUUUUUUCCUGAUCAUUCUCUUUCAAAUAGCUUAUGAAAGAAAUGAGCUCUGAGUUUACAAAGAAACUCUAAGACCCAAGUUUGUCUGUCUGCAUGAGUCCCAUCCAAUUACUGGAUCUAGGGAGGAACCAACAACCUAAUUCAGAGUUUUCCUUUAAAGGCAUGCUUUACCCCUUGGGAAAACCUCACACACAUCCAUGUAGAAUGAUCCUCUUUGUAUUUUAUCUAAUAGUGCCUGAAAUUUUUUUUAAUGUCUUCUUAGAGGAAGAAUUCAUAAUUGUCAAAAUUUGAAACAUUAGCUUAAUUUUGUUUUUAUGACCUCGCAAUUCUUCUCCUUAUUUAUUCGGUUGCUGUUGUAAUGGGGCCGCAGGCCAUUCCUGACAUCGGCGUGUUCUUCUUCUGCAUUAAGGAUGUUUUUAAAAUUAUAGAGAUUAUUGAGCCAACAGGCUGUUUUAAUCAAAACCAUGUUUCACUUGUUUUUGAUGAUUAUAAAUUGUCCUUGCAAUUGAAAAAAAAAAAAGUUUUCUGCUAGGAAAAUUAUACCACCCUGUGGCCAAACAGAUUCAUCACAGAUAGGCAUCUGUGCCCACUUUUCUGGGAUCUGGAAAAUUCUUCCUUUGGCUGGCCACACUUACUUUUACUCCCCAUCAACCCGAACGCGCUAGUGCCCAAAUGCAGUCACUAUUUGCAAAUUUCCAAAGAUUUGGCUGAGUCGUCACUGCGCAAAAAACAAACAACCCAGCUGGAAAUGACGGCUUUCCAGCUUGAAAAAAACACAGGGAUUUUCAGAAAAGGUGCUCCUGCUUUUGUCCCUUGGUGCCACCAUCCUGUCAUCCCUCCUAAUUAUAAACAAUCUGGUCUCGAUACCCCAUAUCACUUAAAUCAGGUUGAAAGAAACAUUUGGAUGAGUCCUUUGUAGAGUAAAAAUGACUUGGUUUGGGUGCAUUCAAGAUAUAUGCCUGUGUACGAUGCUGCAGCAUUGAAAUUACCUCUAAAAGAGGAGAUUUUUUUUUUAAAUAUAAUCUUACCACUAGAAAUAAAUUCUGAUGGUGGAGAUUAAGAAAACCCUUAAAUUAUAUCACUGAAGCCAUUAUUUUUUACAUCUAAAGAGCUGUGUGUUUUUUUUUACAGAAAAUCAUUCUACUUUGAGAACUGUAAUUAAAGCCCUAAAUAAUAGAUGCUACUUCUUUUAGCUAUUGUGAAAAAAUACUAACAACACACUUGCCAAGGUUAUAUGGAGCCCCUCAUUUCCAUCAGAAAGGUUUCUAUAAGUGUAUUAUUUACAUUUUCCAACAUGAUAACUCUUUCCUUUGUGACAAAAAAAAAAAAAGUCUUUUUUUUUUCCUUCCCACUCAGCAGUUAUUGGAAGUAGACUGUUCCCAUCUGAAACCUUAUCGUAAUUUGCAUCAGGAAACCCAACUGCCGACAUUAAGGACCUGGGUGUGUUCAAUUAUGAUUUUGCUGGAGGCUGUCCCUCAUUUUAAUGCUGCAGAUAUUGAACCACCUUUCGGAAACCUAGCUCAUACUGUAGAGCGCAGACAUGCCUCUCAACACCAUUAGCUUUGCAAAUGGCUUCAUUUCAGUCAACGCCGACUUCCGCUUUGGCCAAUUGAAAAAAUGAAAAUUAAAGGAGAGAAGAAGAAGAAAAAAAAAAAACACAGAUGCACUUAAAACAUGAAAAGAAUUAUUUAUAUGAUAAAAAUAUAUUUAGAUUUUCAAAGCACAAGACUGAAUAGAAGUGCUCUUUUUAUUCUUUCUGAAGAUGUUACUGUUA